CUCUUCCAUAACCAAAACAAGAGAACCUUUGUUCACAAAAAAGAGACCUAAAUCAAUCGUAAUCUCUUUCUCGAUCUCUCAUCUCUCUCUCUCUCUCUCUCUCUCUCUCUCGAACUCCCAGGUCUCUCCGCAUCUCCUCAUGAUGACCAGAUCCAUGUCUCUCAAAUUGGGGCAAGGAAUUUGGGCAUGGAUCCCUUUCUUAAUCACGUCUCUCUCUCUCAAACUCUCGGGUCUCUUCUCUCCUCACGUCAAAUUGCAGCAAGGACUCUUCUAUCAUUACCUCAAAUUGCAACAAGGACGUGGGGGCAUGGAUCCGCAAAAAAGCAAGGACGUUGGGGCAUGGAUCUCUUGCUCUCAAUGAGGUCAAAUUCUUUUGUUUUCCAUUGAAACAAUGGCAUACGAUAUGCUCGAUGCGAUUAACAAUGGGAAGGAUUCCUGGAAAGUGAAGGUCAGAGUAAUUAGUCUAUGGGACGUCGUUAACCUCAAUAACAAUGAACUAAUUAGCCUUGACAUGACACUGCUUGAUGAACAGGGCACUAUGAUACAUGCCAAGGUAAUGAAACAUAUGGUUAACAAUUUCAGGCCAUUGAUCCAAGAAGGUUUAGUAUACAUGAUGGAGAAUUUUAAGGUUACACCUGCCAUGAAUUUCAAUACAGUCGAAGGCGACAAGAUUAUUAACUUCUUGCACACAACAAAAAUUCAAGAGAAAGGACUUAAAAAUAUCAGAAUAGCAUAACAAAGUUCCAUGUUUUGUAGUAUUGAAGUUCUUUCCACAAGAGAUGGCCAGAGGAUGUACUUUUCCGAUGUCAUUGGGGCAGGAAGUUAUAUAGGGAAUAUUGAAGAAAUGGAGACAACCCAUGGGAUUUCCAAGAUUCGAGAUAAUGUACUUCAAAUUGAGGAUCAAAAAGUUAAUAUUAGUCCGUGGUAAUAACACUAGUGUGCGUUGGUUCUAUACAAACGGUUUUUAACCCCUUUCCGCGACGACAUUUGGGACCGUCGCCAAGUGAGUGUGGGCGAUAAGGUGUCCUUCCCACACGACCCAGAAACCGUCGGGGAUAUGGAGAAGUGAUCCAGAGGCCUUCCAAAAUGUAAUCGUGUGCAAUGCAGCACACACUAAAUUCUUUCGCACGUGUGGUAUCAGUGAUUAAACAUUUGUAAUGACGCA